AUGAACGUUAUUUAUAAUGAACAAAAUCUGGAAUCGCGAUCCUGGUCAACACAACUGCUCCUAACUUUGAAGAACACCUCGAUAGUGGACAAUCUUUCCAUGCUUAUUAAUUAUGAUGGAGAUGGGUGGCGAGUUGGCAUCGAGUCUGGUGAAUGUGCUAGGUUUUUAACCUUUGUGAAAGGUGGAUUUGAAAAAAAAUUUUCAAAAGGGAGGAAAGGAAAAUAUGCACUGGUUUUGAGCUGCUUAAGGCUGCAACUGAUACUGCUAACCAAAGCAGAACAAUGUCCUUUAUCAAACGCUAUACCUCAAAGUAAUUGGUUUAUUAGUUUAUUACACCCUCGGGUUUUAAGUGGUCAAUUUAUUUUCCACCUUUUCUAUGGUGAAUCGUGCUCUAAAAAUUCAGCUAGAGACUUUAAAAUUUUUCAUUUAGCAAAUAGAAGGUUCUGCAUUAAUUUGAACUUUCAUGUUCCAAAUUCAUGUCCAUAA